ACAAGAAUAAUUGGGCUAUGGCUCGCUCAACAAUCUAUCACGUUUUUCUAUUCAGGAACCAGGUAGGGUAAUAAAGCUUCCUUCCUUUUUCCAUCGGAAUUUUACAACAGGUAUUUGGAAACGGUCUGGGCAGGGAAAUGCUUCGAACGGAGCUAUUUAGCGGACUUUAUUGUCAACGGUUUUUUUUGCAAGGGAUUUAAACUUGCCGCCCGGCCCUGGACAACCAACUCUUUGAGACCGGAAAACCGGAGCGAGCAGAAAAAAAAAUCAACCUAAAAGUGGUGCGACACCAAAAUGGUGCAAUGCCGUGUCUCAUAAAAUUGUCGACUCUUAGCAUCUGUCUUCACACCGAACCCAGUUUCCCAUGGAUUUCGUACUAAACACUGCCGAUGAUCUGGUUCUUGACAAAGUCUGGGCGCAUAUUUUCCCACUCUACGCGAAUAUAUCUAGCACAUUCCACAUAUAUGGAGACUGGGACUCAAUAUCGUUAUCCGCCCCGACUUCAUCGUGGCCACGCGACUACCCUCCCCGUCAAAUAAUCUCUCUGGCUGUGUUGACCCUGCUCGGUGUCCACGCUCUCUACUUCACGUUUUCGUGGCUGUCGUACACCUUCAUCUUCAACCACGACAUGAUGCAUCACCCAAGAUUUCUUCCCAACCAAGUUCGACUUGAGAUCAUCACGAGUCUCAAGGCGUUCCCCGUUAUGACUCUUCUCACCGUGCCGUUGUUUCAGGCAGAGGUGAUGGGUUAUAGCAAACUGUAUGACGGCCUUGAUACUUAUGGUUGGACAUACUUGGUUAUCAGCAUCCCAAUGUUUCUUUUGUUCACUGACUACUGCAUCUAUUGGAUACACAGAUGGCUGCAUAUUCCGUUUUUAUACAAAAUACUGCACAAGCCUCACCACAAAUGGAUCGUUCCAACUCCAUGGUCUGCAUAUGCGUUCCACCCUGUCGAUGGUUACCUCCAGUCAAUUCCCUACCAUUUGUUCGUCUUCAUCUUUCCUCUCCAUCGCAUUGUGUAUCUCAGUCUUUUCGUGACCGUGAACAUAUGGACCAUUCUCAUCCAUGAUUCCGACAUGAUCACUGGUCACCCCCUCGAGACCGUUAUCAAUGGACCCGCGCAUCACACUUUACACCAUCUGUAUUUUACUGUUAAUUACGGUCAAUAUUUUACCUGGGCGGAUAAGAUGGGUGGGUCUUACCGGCAACCGGAAAAAGAGCUCGACCCGUUACUAGAAGUAAAAUUACGGGGAAAGAGGAAGGAGCAAUGAUAGAAAUUUGCCGCGGAUCUGACCCUUGCAUAAUUUGUAUGAUGUACAGAAAAAUUCGCAAACGAAUGUGCAGCUCGAUGACUUCAGAAUGGCGACACAUCGAGGUAAUCCCCAGUUUGACAUUUGAUACGAUUCCUUGUCAUGAUGGUACGCAAAAUGGACCAUAGAAAGCGGCAGAGCUGGCAUUAGAAACGGUUCAAACGGCAUGA